AUGGCAUGUGGUGAUUACGACAUCGUCGUUCUUACCGAAACUUGGCUGCGACCCGAUAUUGCGAAUACUGAGCUGGCGUCCGAUUAUACGAUACGAUCGUUGCGAUCUAACUACACUCAAUUGGAGCAAGUCGUCGCUUCCGUCAAACUCCCUGACCUUACUAUUUACAUCUGUGGCAUCUACAUUCGGCCCAACUCUCAUCCCGAUGUAUACACCAUGCAUUCUAACGCCGUAUGUGACAUCUGCGACCGCGCAUUGGACACUGACUCCAUUGUCGUAGUCGGCGACUAUAAUCUCCCAUACUUAUCAUGGACGUUCGACGAGGACAUAAACAGUUAUUUGCCUAGUAACGCCUCCACGGAAGCCGAACUUGUGUUCACGGAAACAAUAGCUGCAUCUGGACUCCAUCAAAUCAACACGCUUCGCAACUCGAACAAUAGGAUUCUCGACUUAGCAUUUGUUAACGAUAGUUGCAAUGCCGAAAUCAUCGAGCCACCCUUUCCUCUUUUGAAACUUGACGCUCAUCAUAAACCUUUUGUUCUCCGUAUUCAACUCGUCGUGUGUUCUCAGCAAGUUCCUGAUGAUUCUUGUGACGAUCCCGAUUUUGACUUCAAGCGAUGUGACUUCACUGCACUGAACAACCUUCUUUCAGGUGUUGACUGGAACGAAAUCAUUGGCGUAGAGUCAACAAACUGCGCAACGGCAGUAUUCUAUGAAAAAGUUUACGAGAUCCUUCGCGAUAACGUUCCUCGCAAACGAAGAUGUCAAGCACCCAGUUUUAAGCACUCAUGGUGGACGUCGGAGUUGCGACGUCUCCGUAACAGCGUCCGCAAAGCCCGAAAAGUUUACUUUCGAGAAAAAUCCAGUCACGUGAAAGAAAAGCUUAAGCAUCUUGAAGCGUGCUAUAGUGAGUGUCGAAUAGCAGCUUUUCGCUCUUAUACAGAUCGAAUUGGAUCGAAUUUGAAACAGAAUCCGAAAAGCUUCUGGUCGUAUGUGAAAAGUCGUAAAAGCGGAUCGCAUAUUCCGGAGAAUGUAUCGUAUGGUGACUUAACAGCUACCACCCCUGAAGAAGCAGCUAAUCUGUUCGCAAAUUUCUUCCGAAGCGUGCACAGUGAUGACCCACCAGCAUUCUCUGCAACAGAGUUUGAGAACAUUUCGCCGCUAAACGUAAGUUUGCCACCGUUAACCAUCACGCCGAAUGAUGUUCUUUCAGCCCUGAAGAAACUUGAUAUCUCCAAAGGCGCUGGUACCGAUCGUUUGCCUCCAACUUUCCUAAAAGAGUGUGCCGAAUCUAUGAUGACUCCGCUCAGCCUCAUCUUCAACCGUUCGCUAAUUGAACGAUCGUUCCCAACUAUGUGGAAGACGGCUUCGAUUACUCCCGUGCAUAAAUCGGGUGGUACUCACAUAGUCGACAACUAUCGUGGAAUUUCCAUCCUUUGCUGCAUAGCAAAAGUUUUCGAAGAUAUUAUUCACGCAGUCCUCUACAAUGCAGCACGCCCGCUUAUAUCUGACGCUCAACAUGGAUUCGUGAAGAAAAGAUCAACUGUCUCGAACCUUAUGUGCUACACAACAUCACUCGUGGAGCAAAUGGACAAGCGUUGCCAGGUGGACUCUAUAUAUUUCGACUUCUCAAGGGCGUUCGACAAGGUGCCUCAUGGUCUUGCCAUUCGAAAGCUUAAUCAUCUGGGACUUCCAAGCUGGAUAACAGAAUGGCUCAGUUCGUACCUGGCUGGAAGAGAAGCAUUUGUGAAAAUUGGAACGCUCGCUUACGUAUGUAUAGCAUCCCCUCAGGAGUUCCUCAAGCUCGCUGGCAUAUAUGGCGUCCCAUUCAACACAAGUGAACCACUUCCACGAUGGAGCUCAUCAGCUAAACAGCAGCAGCAGCUAGUUUCAUGGCGCUGGGAAGUCACCCAAAGGCAACAUAUCCCGAAUGGCAACGGUGGUGACAGCCCACAAUGCUCCACCCCUGGAGCCCCAGCUUCCUACCGGGUGCUACCGGGUUGUAAGAGCCUACCUGUGAUCCAGAGCAGAUGA